UCACUGGCGGCCAGCGCGCGGGGCAGUGCCCCAGUGUGAGCCCGGCCGCCGCCGCCACCGCACGCGCUUACCCCACGGAAAGGGUGUCUAUUCACUAUGCCCGGUACAUACUGCGCCGUUUAUGGCUGCAAUAAUAAUAACAACUUCAAUUCCCCUACCAAAAUGUUGACAUACCACAGGCUGCCUAAGGAGUCUGAUAGAUUGAAGAUCUGGCUGAAACAAAUAGGUCGGAAUGACAUCAUGCAAAAGAAGAAUCCAAGGAACUACUAUGUCUGUUCCAUUCACUUCGCUUCUGACAUGAAAAUAAACAAAAAACUACACGACGACGCGGUGCCAACACUCAAAUUGCCGCCCAUUUGUAAAACUGGUGAAGAAAAAACAAAGCGAGCUCCAAAAAAGAAAACAAUUAAAACUGUUGAUAAAGUAGUAGUAACAGUUGCUACACAGACAGACAACAGUAUAUUCCCCUCAGAUGUCAAUCAAAGAAAGGCCAUAACAAUCGGCACACAAACAAUGCUCACUAAAGUUGGUGUUAGACUCACGAAAAAAACUGCGCUUAAAAGAAGAAAAAAGACGAUUGCAGUUAAAAAGGUUAAGGUGGAACCAGAGACUUUCAGUAACGAGGUGAAGUUAGAACAGGAGGAACAGGACACACCAACUUGUGAAAUAAUAUUUACCCAUGUACCCAUUAAGAAAGAAGUUAGUUAAAUACAAACUUAAGAAUAUUUUUUAAUUCUACGUUGCCAAUAAUGU